UCUGUGGCAUUGAGAAAGUGACCUUUGAAAAAGGAGAAGUAGGUAGUGCACAGUACUUUCCUGGCUGGAGCUGGAGAAGAUAGAAUCAGCUGGCGAGAUUGAAAGGCAUGCUCUGGACUCCAAUGGCAGAAUUUCCUAAGGAUCUCUGCUGACUGAACUCCUCCUCCACUUCCCCGGGAGCUUUACGUCCUUCCCCUUCUGCUCAGAUUUCAUCCACAAUCGGAGAAGCAGACUUUCACUGACGUUUUCUCUGUCGACAGCUUGUUCCUGUCAAAACUAACUCCACUAGUUUCUAAUAAUGGCUGCAGAUGUUUAUAAGAAGAAGGAUGUGCCGAAUGGGUCCUUGGCACCAACUGAUGGACAGCAGUUCGAGAGGUCAGAGAGUCCAACCCCAGGAUUGACCCAGGGAACAGAACCAGGGGCAGGCCAAGAGGGAGCCAUAUUUGUUCACACUAGGUCAUAUGAGGACCUAACCGGUACAGACAAUACAGAAUCGGCAGCCAAGAGCCCAGGCAAGAGGGAAGAGUCUCAAGCUGACGAGCUCAAGAUGGAAGAGAUCAGCAAGGAUUUCAGUGAACUAAGCACACAACUCACUGGUAUAGCACUGGACCUGGAAGAAGAGAUAAGGCAGAACAGUGAGGGCAAUUUGGAACUCUCGCCACAAGGUUCACGUCGCGAUUCAGUCCUAUCAGGGAAAGAAGAAGAAGAUAUAACCAUGGAGGCCUGGAGCAUACAUCAGAAGCAUAUCUUUGUUCUAAGUGAGGCAGGCAAGCCCAUAUACUCACGGUAUGGAUGUGAAGAGGUUUUGUCUACUACCAUGGGAGUAAUGAUGGCUUUGGUCUCCUUUGUAGAAGCAGAGAAGAAUGCCAUCAGAUCAAUUCAUGCAGAUGGAUACAAGGUGGUCUUUGUGCGCAAGAGUCCCCUGGUGCUUGUUGCAGUGGCUCAGACUCGACAGUCAGAGCAAGAAAUUGCUCAGGAACUCCUUUAUAUCUAUUACCAGAUAGUCAGUCUUUUGACAUUGACCCAGCUUAACCGGAUAUUCCAACAGAAGCAGAACUAUGAUCUAAGGAGACUGUUAGCAGGCUCUGAGCGUAUAACUGACAAUUUGGUAGACCUGAUGGCUAGAGACCCCAGUUUUCUCAUGGGGGCGGCACGUUGCCUGCCUAUGGCCGCCGGAGUCAGGGAUGUGGUGAGUGCUUGCCUUCAACAAGCCAAAGCUAAAAGCCUGGUAUUUGCCAUCUUAUUGUCAAAAAACCAAUUGGUAUCACUUGUCAGGAAAAGGGACCAAUUCCUUCAUCCAAUUGAUCUCCAUUUACUCUUUAAUCUCAUUAGCUCAUCCUCCUCAUUUAGAGAAGGAGAAGGUUGGACUCCAAUAUGCCUUCCCAAGUUCAAUUCCAAUGGUUUCUUCCAUGCUCACAUUUCUUAUUUGGAACCAAACGUUGACUUGUGCCUUGUCCUGAUUUCUACCGAUCGUGAGGACUUCUUUACUGUAUCUCACUGCAAGCAAAAGUUCCAAGAACGCCUAAAGAAGCGUGGUGUUUUUCAUGCUCUCUUGGAAGCAGUGCGUACGCCUUUCUACAGUGUCUCCCAGGUGGGAAUUCCAGACCUUCGACAUUUCAUCUACAAAUCUAAGAGUUCAGGACUUUUUACCAGCCCAGAGAUUGAAGCUCCCUACAUCACUGAGGAAGAAAAGGAAAGACUCCUGGAAUUGUAUCAGUACUUGCAUAGCCGAGCUCACAAUUCUGCCCGUCCCCUCAAUAACAUCUAUUAUACUGGAUCCAAUGAAAAUCUCCUGGCCUGGGUGACCGGUGCUUUUGAACUCUAUGUGUGCUUCACCCCUCUGGGUACCAAAGCAGCAGCUGUCAGUGCUGUCAACAAGCUGAUGAAGUGGAUCCGUAAGGAGGAGGACCGGCUUUUUAUAUUGUCGUCCCAGACUUACUGACUGUUGUGAUCUGGGCUGCCUGCCUUGUUCUGAACACUCCAAAACUACUUCCUGUGUCUGGUGGGAGUAGACAUAAUCAGUUUCUCAUCCUCCUCCUCUCUCUCUCUGUCUGACUGUCUCUCUCUCUCUCUGGGGGACAUUUCCUCCCCACAGUAGAUAUGUGCAUGGGGAAGGAGUUCUCUGGGUAAAAGAGCUUCUGACUGACAUGGUGCACACAGAUAUCAGAAGAGUCCAACAUUUCAGGGUUAGUUUCAGAUAUUGUAUCUAGAACUGGAACACAGACCACCUUGUAAGUAUUACUUGAAUCUUGAAUUACAAUUUCCUCCUUAUUUUGAGGCUGUGUUAAACAAAUCUUCUUUCCCAUAGCUGAUUUUCUCCGCUGACUUUUUGAACAUAGUGCCACAGGUAUUAAGUUUUCCCAUCUGUCUUAAUCUUAACUAAUUGCGGGAAGGUAGGUUGGUGGCUUAGCAGGUUCCUUCUCAAAGGAUUUUCCAUAUAAAGGACUGAACAAAUGCACAGAAGGUGUGGCAAAUAUGUAGAUAGUGAGGGAUGAGGCAAGCAUACCAAUAUUCCUUCCUCAUCUUUUUUCUCUACAACAGACGUGUCAAACACGCAGCCCGCAGGCUGAAUCCAGUCCACAAUAGGCCUAGAAUUGUCCUGUGGGACCGUCCCAGAGAUAGUAAGGGACUGGCCUGUGCCACCAUGGCCUCAGCCCACCCCACCCACACCCACCCAGUUGGCCACGAUGACCAGGCCAUGCCCACCCUGGCCCCCCAAUGGCAAACAAAAUCCUGAUAUGGCCUACAAUGGAUUGAGUUUGACACCCCUACUCUACAACAAUCCCAUGAGGUGAGUUGGACUAGGAGAGAUGGCUCAAAGUCACUGAGCCAGUUUUUCCAUGCCUAAAGUAGGACUCGAACUCCCAGUCUCUGGUUUCUAGGCCAACAAGUUAACCACUAUACCAAACUGGUUCCUUUUUUCUAUAUUUAGUUGCACACUGUAAGGUGUAACUGAGGCAUGAAAUCCUCUUUGCUACUGGGUCAGAAUUAGAAGUGUGCAUGUGCGCACGGCCCUUCUGUGCAUGUGCACAGCAUCUGUGAUGACGUGUGGGUGGGUGGGCAGAGCCUCCCGCCACUAUUGGUUCGCCCGAACCAGGGUGAAUCAGCAGAAUACCACCUCUGGUGCAAAUAAACUGUAACAUUAAAUGAAACUGAGAUCCAGUGAAAUUGUUCAUGUUCAGUGAUGGUGUCAUGGAUAUCUUUCUAGCCCAUUCUUGGAUUUAUGGUUUCUUCUGGAAAGGGUUAUUAUGUGUGAUUCAGGGGGGAAAUGUUUUUAACAGAUACCUCUAAAAAAAAUCAGCACACAAUUGCCACAAGAUGGCAGCAGAAAACCAGAUUGUGAAAGAUUUCUUAA